ACAAUUAUUAUAUGGCCUCCUCCUCCACUGGCAGUACUCCUGCACCACCGUCGAUUCUACUCCGUCCAGCCUUGCUCGACAACAUGUUCGCAUCCUCCCCGUCCUCAUCGUCGUCCUCGUCCUCGUCUGUGUCUGUGUCCUUCCGCCACCCUCGCAUCCGUUUCGCACCCCUCCCAGAGCCGAGGCGAGACGACAACCCGUGCACCGACGGUGAAGACUGCGAUGACGACGAGACCACUUCCGAAUCAGAGACAUCCGAGGAACGCGACUCCCUUUUCGCUGAUCCAUCUCCCUCCUCGUCGCCGUGCGCCACACAGUCAACGCCCGCCGUCCAGUCUGUCUCGCGGGCCAGCAAACUCCUCCGCCUGUUUCGUCUGACGUCAGCAUCCACCCCCGCGCCUGCCUCCCGGGACGACGACCUCCGUCCUCGCAGUCGCUCUCCUCCCCCGGCCUCCUCCUCGUCAUCCACCGUCCUCUGCCGCACCACGUCUCUCUCCUCCAACCACUCCCGCUCUAAAACGAAUCACUCUCGGAGACAUUCCGCCCCGCCACUCGGCGCAGGUGGUGGUCGCCACAGUUUCGUAUCCAAAAUGCUCGCCGCUCCAUCUCCACUCUCACAGCAGCAACAGCCGCCAUCUCCUUCGACGCCGCGUGGAAAUUCCAACAGAAAUCCAAAACACGUCAGAAUGCUAAACGGAAGGAUAUACGGUGCGAAACGACACCCAGUCCACUCCAACGCGAACCCGUUCGCAUCCGCACGCGACGAACCAGAAUUCGUGGAGUGGGGUUAUGGCGGUAUGGGCUCCGUACGCGCAAGCGGAGACGUCGCAAACUCAGUGUGGAAGGGCCUCCAUGCAAACGGAGGCUCGGGUACAUUAUCCCAUAAACCCACCGCUUGGGGGGCAGGCGGUGGAAGAAGCACUGCGUCUGCUCGUAGGCACAUGACCCAGACAGCACCAGAAUGCAGUAUGGGUAGUGUGACCGCUGGCGGUGACGACGAAGACGACGGCAGCGGAAUGGGGUGGGUAAAGCGCAGAAGAGCUGAGAGAGAGGCAAAGUUGAAAGCAGAGCGCGAGGCAAAGGAACGUGCGGAACGUGAGGCUGCAGAAGACGAGAAAGAACCCAGAAAGAGUGGCGAGAGCAUGUGUGCGUCUACCCUAUCUACAUCAACAUCCUCAGGUGGUACGAUCGGGGCUGGUUCUUCUCCAGUGGCGAGCACCAGCACGUCCGUGACUGACCUGUCAUCAUCACCAGCUGGAGACCGAACAACCGGAGAACACAAGGACACCGGCGAUCACCAGCAGCACCAGGAACAUCGCGUUUUGGCAACCAUCCUCAGACCCCUCACCAACAAACAAGUUCAGUCGGGCGAACCCAGUCCCAUCGAGAGCAAGACCCCAUCCUCCCCUGGCGAGGACGACGACGAUGACGAAGAGGUGUUGGAUACGCGCAGUAGGAUGGCCCGUGGGGCCGGGGUGGAGAAAGUGAGCAAACAUGUCAGCGGUGUAGGUCUUGGCGAGCCGUAAAAGAUCUCAAGCGCUUGCGGGAGCGACGCGGAUAACGGACACUCGUCGUCGUCCCCCCACCUCACCUCACUCCACCGCCUUCCGUGUCGAAGUGCCAUACCUUCCGACCAUAUCAGUCCGCUGCGUCCGCCGUGCGCCUAUGCAGCUCGUCUAACUG